UUGUUGGGUCCUCAAAUUUUGUGUAAAGUCCUUUGUUCUUCCCCCAAAAUAGCAAAGAAUUCAUUGUAGAGAGAGAAAGAGAGAAGCAUAGGCAUGUCGGACGAAGAGCAUCAUUUUGAGUCGAAGGCAGAUGCAGGCGCCUCCAAAACUUACCCUCAACAAGCUGGUACUAUCCGCAAAAAUGGUUAUAUAGUCAUCAAAGGCCGCCCCUGCAAGGUUGUUGAGGUCUCCACUUCAAAAACUGGCAAGCACGGACAUGCUAAAUGUCACUUUGUGGCAAUUGACAUUUUCAAUGGAAAGAAACUUGAAGAUAUCGUUCCUUCCUCCCACAACUGUGAUGUGCCACAUGUCAAUCGUACAGACUAUCAGCUGAUUGACAUCUCUGAAGAUGGUUUUGUCUCCCUUCUUACUGAAAGUGGAAACACCAAGGAUGAUCUCCGGCUUCCCACUGAUGAGGCUCUGCUGAAGCAGGUUAAAGAUGGGUUUCAGGAAGGAAAGGAUCUUGUGCUGUCUGUUAUGUCUGCAAUGGGCGAAGAGCAGAUUAAUGCCGUUAAGGACAUUGGUACCAAGAACUAGUUGUGUCUCUGCAGCAUAAACCUUUGCUAUAGUUAAGACAUUAUCAUAUCCUAACGUGGUACUUCGAUAUCACUUGAUUAAAAACUCGCGUUAAAAUCUCAUAUUGAGAUGGCUUGAAUGCUUUGAUUUGCACUCUUAAAAGGAAAGAACUGGCUUUGAGCCUUUGACAGCAUCACAGCACAGUCAAGAAUGUUACUUCUGUUAUUAUAAUUAACUGUUGCCCUAUAUUUUGCUUAAUCUGCAUUCAGAUCAUCUUCUUUGGAUUA